GCUGAUGAAAGGAGGAGGGGAGCAGGCCAAGACAUGGUGUCAGACUUUGACCUCAGAGUGGAGAUCCUAGCGCUGCGCUGAUCUCUCGGCCACUCGCCGACUCUUGCUGUCUUCUGGUAUAGACAUGAAGAUUUAUUUUGCUCCGGCUAAUGUGCCUCUGGCUAGGAGGAUCCAGACUGCUGCCGUACUGCAGUGGGUCUUCUCUUUCCUGGCGCUCGCCCCCAUCUGUAUUAUACUGUUCCUCUUUCUACUCUUCACUCGUUUCUGGCUCAUCUGCGUGCUUUAUGCCAUCUGGUGGUACAUCGAUUGGGACACACCUUCACGAGGAGGUAGAAAAGUGCCCUUUCUGUGUCGAAUGCGCUUAUGGGAGUACAUGAGAGAUUAUUUCCCUAUAAAGCUUGUGAAGACAGCUGAUCUGGACCCCAGGAAGAACUAUGUGCUUGGUUUCCAUCCUCAUGGUAUUCUUGUGGCUGGUGCAUUUACAAAUUUCUGCACGGAGGCGACAGGUUUUAGCAAACUCUUCCCUGGGCUGAGAAGCAACCUUCUCAUGCUGCCUCUCUGGUUCAGAGCCCCCUUCUUCAGAGACUACAUUAUGUCUGCAGGCCUGGUUCCAUCGGACAAGGAGAGUGCCAGCUAUCUGCUCCGGCAGAAGGGAGGUGGGAACGCUGUGGUCAUUGCGGUUGGCGGUGCCCCUGAGGCUUUGGAUGCCCAUCCUGGUGACUACACCGUUCACCUGGCCAAUAAAAAGGGCUUCAUUAAGCUUGCUAUAGAGCACGGUGCAGAUUUGGUUCCUAUAUAUUCGUUUGGGGAAAACGAAGUAUUUGAUCAGGUGGAGAACCCUCGAGGCACCUGGCUGCGAUAUAUUCAGGAGCGCCUGCAACGCAUUAUGGGCAUUUCUCUGCCUCUCUUCCAUGCACGAGGAAUUUUCCAGUAUAGCUUCGGCCUAAUGCCCUACAGAAAACCCAUCAACACUGUCGUUGGUAAGGCAAUUCCAGUAGAGAAAAACGAGAAACCAACGGCAGAAGAACUGGAUGUGUAUCACCAGCGCUACAUGGACGAACUCAGCCGCCUGUUUGAGGAACAAAAAGAAAAUUAUGGAGUACCUGAAGAUGCUCACCUGCUGUUCCAGUGAGAGGAUCACUGAAGUGACUGUGAGAUUGUGUACGUAUGUGUUUACGAGAAAGAGACAGAAAGGCAAUUAUGCAUGUCUACUUUAGUCUCAGCUGUAUAUUGUCAUCCUUUAAACCAUUGCUGUUUUGUUUACCAGUUGUUAAAUGUAAUAUCAGAAUGUGUAAUUUAAAGCAGUCCAUGCUUUUACCUGUACCAAACAUUGCAAAAAAAUAAAAGAAAAAGAAAUCCACGUAAAUUAAAUAUUCAUAACUUCUAAAUUAACUGAUUUUACUCAAAUUAGAAAUUUGAUGUAAUGUGGCUAAUGCAACUUGACUUCAUCAACUAAAGUUAUAUCUACUGUAUGUAUUUUCUACUGUAUGUGCUUUAAAGCAGCACAUCUGAAUAAAUUUGCACCACUACUCUA